AUGCCUCCAAAUACAACUUCACUCCAAAAACGCCAACACCAACACCUUGUCCGACAAAAGAAGAUGAUACUCUUCAUGGUUAUUCUCAUCGGCCUUCGACAGUGGUCUAAAACCAUCAAAUCACCUUACAAUGAUGCUCCUUUCACAGGUGAUGCCUACGUCCAGCACAUCUUGAACGGAAACCGACUACGUGCUCAAUCCAUGUUCCAAUUAUCAGUCAAUGUUUUCAAGAUUUGUUCAGAUGAGCUCUUUUUGCUUGAUGAAGAGCCAGUGUCCAAGCUUAAGACAGUCUUUGUUUAA